UUAAUAUGUGUAGUACUUAAUAAUUGAAAGUAACAUGUAUUAUAAACAAAAUAAUACUCAGUAGGGCGUACUUUUCAAUUAUUACUAUUGUUAUAAACAUUGUACUGUAAUUUAAUUUCAGUUGUAUAGUUGAAAAAAUAUACUAAAAAAUGUAAAAUUAUGCUACAAAGAUAAUUAUGCAUAUUCAACUGAGAAUUUAGCUAAUUGAAAAUGAUAAUUUAUUUUAUAAACUACAAAUAAUGGCACCAUCUAGAGAAGACAAAGAAGUGUUAAGUUGUACAUGCAACCUAACUCCUUUUGAUAUUCCUAAUAAAUAUUUAUCUAAACCAUAUGUUGAAUCAUUUCUCAGAGACCUAAAUAAUUUACGAAAAAAUCAUGUAUUCUGUGAUGUGCAACUUAUGUCUGAAGGAUAUUAUAUUGAUGCACAUAGAGCUGUUUUAGCAGCAAGUAGUCCAUAUUUCUAUGCAAUGUUUACCAAUGGAUUAUUAGAAGCUGGUAAAAAGACCAUUGAACUCCCAUCUGUUUCUCCUAAUAUUCUUGAAACAUUAAUUAAUUUUAUUUAUUCAGGUAAAAUAAAUAUUUACCAAAAUAAUGUUGAAGAAAUAAUGAUUGCAGCAGAUAUGUUAGAAUUAAAUGAUGCUGUUAGUUGUUGUACUGAAUUUUUAAAGAGUGAAAUAGAUUCUUCCAAUGCUGUAGGGCUUUUGAGAUUUGCAGAUAUGCACAAUUUCUCUGUUUUACAUAAGCUAUCUGAAGAUUUUAUAUUUGGAAAUUUUGUUCAAAUUUGUGAUGAAGAAGAGUUAGGUGAUUUAACUAAAGAUCAAUUUAUAAAGUUUUUAAAUAGUGAAUAUUUAUGUGUUGAUUCAGAGCAACAGGUGUUUCAUGCAGCUAUGAAGUGGAUUAAACAUGAUCUGUCUGAUCGCCGUAGAUAUAUUUUUGAAAUUUUAUCUUGUAUACGUUUACCUCUUAUUAAUACACAAUUAUUAGAACGUGAAAUUAAUGAAAAUACUGAUGCCAGUUUAAGAGUUGCUUUACGUUCGAUUUAUACUGAUAUUGCUGAACGUAUUGGUAAUCUAGUGUCUUUGCAAGUUGAACCACGUUUAGGAGCAAAAAAAGAUAUAUACAUCAUAGGCGGUUCAAAAAGAGAAAUAUGUAGUGCUUGGUCUCGCUAUUCAGAAUCUACAUUUGAAUCUGUAGUCAAAUUCAACACAUUUAGAAAAGAAUGGUGUGAUAUAAAACCCAUGAAUAUAGGUAGAAUUAUGCCUGGCGUUGCUAUAUUAAAUGGUUGUAUUUACGUUGUGGGUGGUGAAAAUGAAUCGCUUAUUUUAUCAAAUGGUGAAUGCUAUAACCCUACUGAAGAUAAAUGGAGUCCUGUUGCUGGAAUGACAGUUCCUCGAUGUGAAUUUGGAAUGGCUGCUUUAAAUGGAUAUUUAUAUGCAAUCGGUGGAUGGGUUGGUGAUGAUAUUGGAGGAUCUAUAGAAAUUUAUUCUCCAUCAUUAAACCAUUGGACAAUGUGCAGUAGUGUAUUACCAGAACCACGUUUUAGUAUGGGAGUUGUUUCAUUUGAAGGGUUAAUUUACAUAGUUGGUGGAUGUACUCGAACUAAGCGUCAUCUUCAAGACUUAUUAAGCUAUAACCCUGUGACUGGGGAAUGGUCUAUAUUAGCUCCUAUGUUGGUACCUAGAAGUCAAAUGGGUGUUGCUGUCCUAGACAAACAUUUAUAUGUUGUUGGUGGCAUAACUAGUAAUAAUGAAGUGUUAAACUUAGUAGAACGAUAUGAUUUUGAAGAAAAUUCUUGGGACUUUGUAAGUCCAAUGAAAGGUAAGCGUGCAAGCCCAGCUGUAGCUGCUGCAGAUGGUAUGCUAUAUGUAAUAGGUGGAGAUAUUACUCACACUAUUAAUUCAUACAGGUCACAAAUAACAAUUUCUACUGUAGAAAGGUACAAUAGUUCAACAUCCCAAUGGGAAGAAUUACCUCCUCUACCAGAAUCUAGAAGUGAAGCUGGAGUUGCUGUAUUAUAAAAUAAUACAAAAACAAUUAUUUAAAAUGAAUAUUUUAAAUUUUGGUGGGGCACAAAAAUGCACAAAAAUGUUAAUUGUUAAAACAAUCAUUCUAAAUUUUAUUUUUACCAAUUACAUAGUGAGGCGUUAAAAUGACUAAUUUUAAAAAUUCAAUUAUAAAAUGAAAAAUGAAUAAAAAUUAACCAUUAAAAAAAAAAAUGUUAUAUUUUA